AUGGCUGAGUACAGUGGUAUGAACCAUGGGGUGAUAGCAGCCCUGGAACAUGGUGCGGAAGACUUAGUCAUCGUUGGAGACUCGAGGUUGGCAAUCCAGCAAUCACUAGGGGUGAUUGCAUGCCGUAAGGAGUCGCUAAUGAUACUCCUGAACCGCACCAAAACCAAGAAGAAAAGAGUGCACUUCGAGGACGAAGUUCCUGAAAGAACGAUCAACACUGAGGCAACUGAGGCAGUCAACGAGAACUCGGAAACACAAGAGCAGCGACCAAGUGCUGAGGUUCGGCACGAACUAACAGCCGACGACAUUGAUCCGGUAACAGUGCAAGAAGAGCGAAGACGCCGUAUCGCCAAGGCACAGGACGAGGAACUCAGGUGGUCGAACCUGAAAGCCGUCCUGAGAGGAGAAACCACAGCGAUGACUUACAAAGAGGCUCGAGAAGCCUGGAAGUGGGCGGACAACUUUGUGUUGUCAAGCGACAAUGUCUUGUACUACACGGGUGUGAGCAGAAGAAAGGUUGAUGAAAACCAACCCGAGAUGUCGUUGAGGCUUGUGGUGCCAACCACAUUGAUCCAAGAGGUGCUACACAACUGUCAUGACUCCAUCGAAGGAGGGCACCAAGGUGUCGUUCGCUCUUACCAAAGCGUGAAACACGACUACUACUGGAUCGGUCACUACGCAGAUGUGGAAAACAUGUGA